AAAUGACCUCUUGGAAUCUAAAUCAAAAGUUUUCGACCCACGAUCAUGACAAUGAUCAAGAGGAAAAUACAAAUUGUGCUUGGAAAUAUUAUGGUGCCUGGUGGUACAAAUACUGCACUGGACCCAACCUUAAUGGCAAAUUUAAUACAAAUGCAAAUGGGUCUUGGUCCAAUAUGAGCUGGAAUGGAUUUACGGCCAUUAAAAGAGUACAAAUGCUUAUUAGACCAAACUUGGAUGAUUAACUACAUAAACUUAGAUAAGUAUAUGAAUUUGUAAGAACUAGAGUUUUC